CUCGCGUUCAGUCGUUAUCUGGACGUCACUCGGGAAGCACGCGCCAUGACGGAGGAUCGGCCUGCAGAAGGCGAAAUUGUCAGGUGUCAGCUGUUCGAGGUGGGCCCACGCUACUUCAACCUCGCCUACAUAGGGGAAGGAGCGUACGGCAUGGUGGUGUCUGCAAAUGAUAAUGUGACCAAAACUAAGGUAGCAAUCAAGAAGAUAUCCCCCUUUGAACAUCAGACAUACUGUCAGAGAACACUUCGGGAGAUCAAAAUUCUAACAAGGUUCAAGCAUGAAAAUGUAAUAGACAUCCGUGAUAUAAUACGAGCCACGAGCAUAGAUCAAAUGAAGGAUGUUUAUAUUGUUCAGUGUCUUAUGGAGACUGACUUGUACAAGUUACUUAAAUCUCAGAAACUGAGUAAUGACCACAUUUGCUACUUCCUUUAUCAAAUUCUUCGAGGGUUGAAGUACAUCCACUCGGCAAAUGUUCUUCACCGUGACCUGAAGCCUUCUAAUUUGCUGCUAAAUACCACAUGUGACCUGAAGAUCUGUGACUUUGGCUUGGCUCGUGUGGCUGAUCCAGAGCACGACCACACAGGUUUCCUGACCGAGUAUGUUGCAACUCGUUGGUACCGUGCACCUGAGAUCAUGCUGAACUCUAAGGGCUACACAAAGUCUAUUGACAUCUGGUCGGUAGGAUGUAUUCUAGCAGAAAUGUUAUCCAACCGUCCACUGUUCCCGGGCAAGCAUUACCUGGACCAGCUCAACCACAUUCUGGGUAUCCUUGGUUCUCCAUGCCAAGAAGACCUGGAUUGUAUCAUCAAUGAGAAGGCUAGAAGUUAUCUCCAGUCUCUACCAAACAAGCCAAAGGUGCCAUGGACAAAGCUGUAUCCCAAUGCUGACCCAAAAGCCUUGGAUUUGUUGGACAAAAUGCUGACCUUCAACCCCCACAAGCGCAUCACUGUGGAAGAGGCUCUAGCACACCCAUACUUAGAGCAGUAUUAUGACCCAGCUGAUGAGCCUGUAGCUGAAGAACCAUUUAAAUUUGAGAUGGAACUUGAUGACCUGCCAAAGGAAAAGCUCAAGGAAUUAAUUUUUGAAGAAACUGUACUCUUUAAGCAGAGGCUUACAACAGAACAGGCUAUGCAGCAGAACUGAAUACAAAGACAUGGCUUAGCAUUAUUACAAGAGACGAAGGGUACAUUCUAGAGGAGACCUACUGAUUGGUGGCAUUCAUCUUUGGAAUACUACAAGGAAUCGUUCAAUAAUCCCCAAAGGGAGAUCACCUGUCUGCCGAAUAAGUGUAUGUGAUAAAGUGCUUUAUCAUAAAAAUCAGUUGGAAAAAAUAUAUAGGAAUAAGACUUAAAACACAGGAGUAUGUGAAGGAUCUAAACAAAUUUUCUAGCACUAAAAAAAUAAAACAAAAAUAAAAAUAAAAAUAAAUAAUUAAAUUAAUAAAAUUAAAAAGUAGAUGAAAGAAAUAUGUCUUGGAUGAAGUGCCUCUCUUCUAAGUGAGUUAUCAGGCAAAAUGUGCAAAACUGAUAAAGUGUCUCGUCUAGGAAGCGUGCCUGCAGAGAGCCCUCUUUCUAUCGUUUGUGACAGGAAAUGCUCUUUGAUGAUUGAAAGAUUGCUGGGAACUUACCAGUUGAUGGCUGAAAAAUGUGUGGUCUUGAGGAAGGGUGCUUCCAUGAUGCUAGUGAUGCAUUUCAGUCUUGUGGCACCUCACUCAACCUUUGUUUCAUUUGGACAAUACUGGCUUUCAGGCUAGAGAUUCAUUGCUCUUAGGAAGCAGAUGACUGAUCGUUUGCAAGCAAAUACACAUAUUUGGUUGCUCCUCAGUUAUACCAGCUCGGCAUGUUUCUGUAUUGCUAAAAUUCAAACUCCUGGUGGCUGGUGGUUUACUGUUCAAAGAAAAAAAAAAAGAGAGAAAAAAAGGUAAAAAAAAAGAAGCAUUACUUUAAAAGCAGUGAUUCUCUUCCUGUUGGAAUGCUGCUUAGUAAUUGGGUUUUCUUCUGUUGGAAAAAUUUCUUGCAAAUGUUUUGAUGUUGUUUGUCUUGGGGGCAUGUCACAAUAGGGAAGUUAUAUAUCAAAAAGUGUAUUUGUGAUGGAAUUUCCGAGUUGUGUAUCACAUAUGGUAGCAUUACUAUUUUUGUAGCGAUCUACAAUUUGUUUUGCUGUAAUUGUUUUACACACAGAUUGAACGGCUAGUGGAAAGCUCUCCAUACUCCUUAGGAUUCGUUAGUUUGUAUUAUUGUGUUGGUUGACUGUUAACCUGUAUUCCUAGGAAGUUAGUGGGAGGCUAUCAGUGGGUGACCCAUAUCUCACAGGACACGAGUGGACCAUUAAUUUAAGGAGUUGGUGGAUUAUUAUCCUUGGGUCAUAAAACCAUUAAUUCUGGGAGCAGGCAAUAUAAUUUACAGGCUGUUGAUGAACCAUUAUUUCUAAGACAUUGGUUAACUUGUAUAUCCUUAGCAAUUUAUAAAUUUUUCACUUGUCAAAAAAUUCCCUGCCCUUUACCACUACUCCUUUCCAUUUAUCUAUGCAGUAGUUCACUCUCUGUAUUCUGCAUUAGCCUAAAUACUUUGAGAGCGGUUUCAUAUACCAAAUCUGACAUGUGAAUAAAUCUGCUAUUAGCUAGUAAAAAUUUUGGAGGAGGAUUUACUACAGGAGAAUUUUUCUGUUAUUUUUUUUCGUUCCUUUUUUUUUUUUUUCUUUUUUCUUUUUUGGUAAUUAUUGAUUGGCUAUGAAAGCCAGAAUUAACUUAUAUAUAUUGGAAACCUCUGGUACCCUUUUUAGGAUGAAGUGCUGAGGAUGUCACACAUUCAUGUUUUUUAUAAGUAUUUGUAGAACUUUUUAGAGUUGACUUAAGGAAUGUAGAAAAAAAAAAAAAUUAACUGAAGUGCUGGUGAUAAGGUUCAUUUGAGUGUGGCUUUGAUGAAGGAGUGGAGAGAAUUCAGACGUUGAUGCCUUACAUGAUGAGGUCCCAGGAAUUUUGCAACAAGCAUAUCACUUCCCACUAUUGUCGGGAGGGGUCCAAGAGCCACGAGCGAGCAGUGGGAGGCAUCCUACUCGGUCGCCCGUACUCAAGACAGCAGAAUUCAUCCCUGCUUUUUGCAUUUAUAGUUUUAACAUUGAGAUUAAUCUAUACACCUCAAAUUAUUCUUGUAUCUUCUGAAGUCGUUUUGAAAUAUUUGUGAAUUAUGUGUAUUCUGUUUUUUAAAAGUACCCCCUUUUGGACUUCCAUUUAUAUAUUUCCCCCCCUCCCCCCUCCCCCCCACCAUUUUUCUUUUCUUUUUUAUGGAAUAUACAAGUUAAAUGUUAUAUUACAAUUAAGCAUGACAUCUCUGAAAACUAAUGAUAUCUCUUGAUGUACGGUGUAAAUCUUGGUCUGUUUGUUAAUAACCAAUUUGCAGAAUUGAAUACACUCCAUGAAAGUUGGAAAUCAGACCUCCAGGAAUUCUGUUGAAAGGUAGACAGCAGAGGCCAUUGAGAUCUGUAAGGAGGCAUUAGUUACUGUCUAUUGAUACUGGUAUUCUAGCUCAUAGACAGUUGUGGUAAAUGUAUCUGUGUGUGUGUGUGUAUGUCAUAUUAUUUGUAUCACAUUGUUCCCUCACAUUGGGGUGAUCCAUGAAUUAGGUCAGUGUUGGAUUUUUCAUCAUUGCUAUCACAAUAUUAGUAACAUGUUAAAAGGUGCGAUGUUGAACUUACGUCAGAUGCCCACAGUUUGCCGAGUUCUUUCCUUAAACUCGUAAGAUAUUUAUAUGGUUAGACUCAAGAAUUGUAAUGUAAAACAGAAUGACUUCAAGAUAGAAGAUUCAGGAUUCAGGAUGCUUUAAAGUAAAAAAAAAAGGCCCAUAAUGAAUUUCAGUAAUAGUUGAAAAUAUUCUCUGUUAUUGAGAUUAUGAAUAUAAAUAUAUAUACUUUGUCACACCUGUUUUUCUAGUGUGACCAUUUUGCUAAUAUGAGAAGCACCUCUGAGCCCUUCCACUGGUAUUCAGCAUGACAUAAUUUUAGGAUCACCUUGUAUAAUGUUUACAGUGUGUUGCUGUGGAAAGAGCACAUUUCUUGUAGAAUAUUCCCCCUGUCAACUUAUGAAUAAGAAGUAAUGUAUGGGAGGGAAUGUUGGAGGUAAAAGUAAAGACCAAAAAUCUCUUGAAUACUCUUUCUGUAAAUGAAGAUCAAAGAAACAGUUAAAGACUGUGCCAGUGUAUUGCUAGCAUAGUAGCAUGGGUCUGUAUGACACUGAACCAUCAUGAGAGUAAGAAAAUUGACAAUCUCUUGCUAGCUUGGGCAUUAUUUGUUCAACUAGUAUUGUUUGUGAGAAAGAAUAUAAACUAUAAUUAAGCUAUUUAAAAAAGAAGUUAAAAAAAAGAAAGAAAUUAGGCAGUUCAUUUUUUUUUUCUCUUUAUUUAUGAUACAUGUCACUACUACAAAACCAAAAUAUAUUAAAGUACAAAAUGAUAAAGAAGGAUCAUAUUUUGUUUCCCAAGUCGUCAUUCUUAUUGAGGAUUACAUAAACAGUGAUGAGUUUGUCUUCUUGUCUUACAUAGCAUGGGAGUUAAGAACUGCUAGCCUAUGAUUGAGAGGUGGAGAGCAGACAGAGAUGCUGAUCUGCCAAGGCACCGUCACCAUUCUUGAAAAAAAAUGAAAGUAUCCGUAGAAUUGUACGCAGAAAACAAUGACAUUGCAAUACCACUGAAACAUGAGGAAGUUCACGAAUAUUUAUAUCUGCUUGCUUUUUUUUAUUGAUUUUGAUUAAUAUUACAAUUGAUGUUCCUCAUUGUUACAAAGGAUAUGGUUACUUUAUUGUGAUGAUGAACAUUAGUUUUAUAACCAUUUAUCAUGCUUUUUCAGGCAUUGUUGGUACUGAUAUAUUCACCUUUUCCUUUUUUUAUACAUGAAAGAAUUCUAUUGUUUAAUUAUUAUGCAUCUAGAUUUUUUUGUUUUGCAUCUGAAUCAUGGUCUUUAAGAAUUUCAGCAUAGGAGGCAGCUAACACUGUCUUGGCAUGUAUUUCAGUUUGACAUGCAAAAUUGUAAUGUGUUCUAGCUUAGUUACAUCAAAAAGAGCUUUGUCUAAGACCAGUAAAAUGUAAUACAGAGUUCAGAUAUAUCUUAGCACAGCAAUAUAUAUUUUUUUCUUUUUUGAACUAAAUCAGCAAAGGGAAAGUAAGACUAUUGUGCUCAAACCGGUAAAUUUAGUCAGCAAAAAUGUAAUCCAAGUGAUCAUAGAUUAAAGAACCUUCUUCAAUAGCAAGAUUUUUCAAUCAUCAGAACAAGAAUAUCAACCAUGUCGUGGAAGUGUGAUUUCCAAAGACAGAGCAACUACAGUAAUCCCAUGUUCGUGGUGUAAAAAAAAAAAAAAAAAAAAAAAAAAAAACCCUUGUGCAAUAGUGCUUAUGUGAUGCUGUGACCGUCAGCCUUAUGGGUAGUGUCGAAGAGCUCAUACUUUUAUCUGUUGUUAUGCAAGUAGAGGAUCAACAGAUUCCCAGUUGAAGGCCUGUGGACAGUUCCUUCAAUACAUUUUUUAACCUUGGAGAGUAGGAGACAUUCUGGUUGACUCGAUUCCCAUCUUUUCUAUAGCAAAUGACUCGUGCUCAAGGUUCUCAUACAAAUGCCAGGAUGUCAUGCCCACUUUGAAUUCAUAGCAUAGACAAUAAUAAGUUUUGACAAUGAUGUAAGAGAAGGAAAUAAAGAAGCCAUGUACCUUUCUUGGCAGUUGUCUAAGAACUCUUGUGCCUCACUAAGUGAAAUGGACUUCUACCACCCCUAAUCUUAGAAAUAUAGUAGGUAUUCUCAGACUUUCCACCAGUUUAUUGCUAAUGUGAGAUGUUAGGUCAGACUUGCUACAUUUAGAUAUGACCAUGUUGAUCCUGUAAGUAUCUGUGAUUUCUUAAGAGUUGGCAAAUGUGUUUGUACAAUCUAUAAUGUCUUUUUGUGUAAAAUUGUACAAUACUGUACAUGUGUAUCUUGUUUAGGAGAAUUUGUUUCAUAUUGCUAAAAGAAAAAAAAAAGUAUACUAUAUAUAUAUGUCUCACUUAGUAUGCUGUUAUACUAAAGUCCCACUUGAGUAGAAAUCUGUAUCACAUCUAAAGAGAAAGAAGGAGAGGAAGAAGAGAGAGAGAAAAAAAAAAAUUAAUUCCAGUAUCAAGACUUUUAUAGGAUAUGAGCUCAGCACAAAAGAGCCAGUUAGGUGGGGCUUUGGUCAAAGUAAUUCAUCCUACAUAUGAUGUUAAAAGAUAUUCUUAGAAGUCUAAUUCAGGAUUUCAAAUAAUAGGUAACAUGUUUUCAUUGCCUCCAUGGUCAUUCAGAAUGGAGUAAACUUAUAUUACGUGAGGCACUAAGGCAUUGUCACCUAACAGCACAGUGAUUCUGGUUACUAUAGUGGAUGUCAUCACUUGUGGGGUAGGUAGUAAGAAUAAUUGCGUGUAGCAUUCGGUUACCAUCAUUUUAACCAUGGAUUGUCCUGGAAGAAAUUCAGCGAACCUUAAAAAAAAAAAAAAAAAUAAAAAAAAUACUUAAAGUCCAGCAACAGUAUCGGUGAGAUUGCUAUUCUGUUAGAUGCAGGAAGGAAAGGUUGAAUACAAAGAUUAACACCUAGUGGAAAAUGCUGUUAAAUUUUGUUCACCUGCCUGCCCAUUGUGAUGUUCUCUAUGCCAUAUCCUUAAAUGAGUUGGUAGAUUGUCCUUUUUGUGAAUUUUUUCCUUUUUCCUUUUUAUGUGUAUUGAAUGAUGUUGAUUGCAGCAUUUACCAGUUCAUUUCUUUAUGGAAUUGUUAUGAAUACGCGUUUAUUUUGCAAACGGAUCUCAACAGGUGAAGGUUACGAGACAUCUUAUAUGUUGACAUGUCGUUAUGAGCCUUAAGUGUUCACAUAAGAAGAUACAAACUUGACAAAAUGAUGAACAGUAAUAUGGUUUUAUGUGAAUUCCUUGAUUGUAAUAUCUUUGGAAAUCUGUGGUUCAUAAUACUUCUAUUCAUAUAAAAUAUGUCAAGGUCCUGCAGUGCACAUUGAUAUUAUAUGACAGGAUCAGAUAUCGUGAGUCUUACUUGGAAAUUGGAUUUUGUCAUGAGAGAAUAGAAGUCAGUGGGUAAAUUUCAGAUAAAAUUUGUUCAGAAAAAGAGAGAAUUCAAAAUUUUCAGGUAAGACUCACGAUUGGUGGUUGUGUGAAAUGCUGAUUUCUCCUCCCGUCUCCAUCAACCUUAAUUCUCCUCGCGUUUGAGACAUUCCACUCGACAUGUGAACUGGGGUGGGGUUCUUAAAUCACUCUUUUUUUUUUUUUCUCUCUUUUUCCUUUUUUUUUUCAUUGAUAAUCUCACUGCUUUACUACAAUUUUUGUUUGCAAAAAUAGUGGAAAGUAUAAAAUUGCCCUAGAAGAGCCAUAAAAAUAAUUAAAAAGAAAAAAAAGAAAAAAGAGGCACAUAACUAUUACAAGAAAAAAGAAAAUAAAAUAGAAUUGGUAAUCAGUGAGUUAGCAAUAAUUCUUACCCUACAGUAAUAACCAUUUACAGUCAAGUCAAAGAGUACAAACUACCGAUAGAGAAGUCAUAACACUAGCAGUAAGUGGUGAUUUUUUAUAUGUUCAGGAAAUAAUGUAUAUAGGUGCUGGUUAACGAAACGUAGGUGUUGUUUCCGAUGAGGAUACUUUCAAAAUAUCCGCAUUAACCCACGACAGCUGCAGACGUUAUCCAGCCUGUGAUAAAAACUAUUUGCUGAACAUUGUCAAUGCUACCAAGUAGAAUGAGUAAGUUUAUAAUCAAGGUAUAGAUGUUAUUGAUUCAAGUACCACCUUGUAGUCAGGAUGUCUUGGAGAUAAUAAAAAGAUAACAAUAAUAAUAAAGAUAGGGAAAGUUUUCCGGAAGAUUAUAAAAUCCCAUGAAAGAACAGAAAAAAAAAAAAUCUAAAAGAUAUUCCUUAUUAUAUUUGAGGGGGGAAAAAAAUAAAAAAUAAUAAAAAAAAUAAAAAAUGCAGUUGAAGAUUGAGAACAGAAUUAUUGGGUGAUUUAAGAAUUCGUGUCCUAGGUGGGCUUUGUAUUUGGUUGACAAUCUUGCAGAAGAAUUGUAGAGAGAGACCAAUCCAAGCACUAUGCCAGCUCUUGUCUGUAAGGAGCCGUACAUUUCCAGAUAAACCAAAGUCGGCAUACUUUUGUUUAGUAUAUAUUUUUAAUCUUAUUUAAUUUCCUUUCCCCUGCUCCCCUCCUCCCCACCCAAAGAAAAGUAAAAUUAAAGUGAUAGUGGAUAUAAUAGUAGUAGUUACGAUGGAGAGAAGUAGUGAUGAUAGUAAGUUAUUUUGUUAACUGUAGCAUUGUUUUCCGAGAUUACUUUGUUUAUUAAUUAUCAUUAUUUCUUUAGUAUUAUCAUCAUCAUCAUCGUCAUUAUUACUUCCUGCAUCUACAACUAUGCGUAUACAUUUAUAACAAAAAUAAAAGGCUAAAAAAACAAGCUACUACUUCUGCUGUCAUUAUUUUUAUUGUUAUUUAAUAUUUCAUAUUUUGUAUAGAGUUGAGACAAAUAAAUGACAACUUCCUUUACUGAGACUGUUUAAAGAACCGAGAAAGGGUCGUGGAGAAGUGACUAGGCUUCUGUAAUAAUAUAUCCUACCAGGUAUAAGUUCCACCCGAUUUACCUACACACAUUCAGUUUACGAGAUAGCUGGACCAGGUAUGCAGACUAAUGAAAGCCAUUUUAGGAACUUGCAUAGUGCUGUAUGAUUUUUUUUUUUUUUUCUAUUUUUUAGAGAAUCACAAACCUUGUUAUUGUAUUAUCAAUGGCAUAAGUUCACAUUUUAUCUUGAUUUGGGAACAGUAUUGAUUGAAGGGAUCCGGUGCAUUACCUCUACCUUGAUUUUUAGGUACCUUAUCAUCUUGUAAUUAUAUUUUUGUAUAAUGCUUGUGCUUCCUAUUACAUCUCACUUCAAGUCCAUUAAAAAAAAAAAAAAAAAAAAAAUUACUGUACAAGUAACUUCAGCUUGGGAUAAAUCUUAAAUAUUUGGAAAUGGGCUUGUCUGACAGCCCUUUGUAAUUAAGAUGUUUCACAGCCAUAGUAAUGUACAUCUUUAUUUGUAUUUGUACCUGGCCGUUGACUCAUUGGUAUUUAAAUAUACAAGAAAAAUAUAA